ACACACACACACACACACACACACAUUCGCGCGCGCGCGCGCUCUUGCACACGCAUUCACACCACAUCCACACACACACAUGCACGUGCAAACUUCCACAGUCGCACCCACACCAGCGGCCAGUCCAGGUCUGAAACCCGUCAAAAGCCCCGCUGGAUCCUCACAUCGCCUGUCAGCAUGCGGAGCGCUUGUUUUUCCCGGGACGUUUGUUUGUUUAUCCUCCUCAUAAAUACUUGCAGGGUGAUGGGGAAUGUCGGACUCGCAGAUGCAGACGAGUGUGCAGAAGGUUCAGACGACUGCCACAUCGACGCCCUCUGCCAGAACACGCCCAACUCUUACAACUGCAUCUGCAAGCCGGGCUACACUGGAGACGGGAAGCAGUGUGAGGACGUGGAUGAAUGUACAAAUGACUACAAUGGGGGCUGUGUCCAUGAAUGCAUCAACAUACCUGGGAACUACAGGUGCACCUGCUACGAUGGAUUCAUGCUGGCCCACGAUGGACACAACUGUUUAGAUGUGGACGAGUGUCUGGACAACAACGGAGGAUGCCAGCAGGUGUGUGUGAACACAAUGGGAAGCUACGAGUGUCAGUGUAAAGACGGCUUCUUCCUGAGCGACAACCAGCACACCUGCAUCCACCGCUCUGAUGAUGGAAUGAACUGCAUGAACAAAGACCAUGGCUGUGCUCACAUCUGCAGGGAAGCUCCCUUCAAAAGCGGGGUGUCAUGCGAGUGCCGGCCUGGUUUUGAGUUGGCCAAAAACCAGAAAGACUGCACAUUGACUUGUAACUACGGAAACGGAGGGUGCCAGCACACAUGUGAAGAUACGGACACAGGGCCGGUUUGUGGCUGCCACCAAAAGUACGCCCUGCAUUCAGACAGCAAGACCUGCAUCGAGAAAGAUGAGGCUGCAAUUGAGAGCUCUGAGUUCAAUGCCACGUCAGUAGCUGAUGUGGACAAGCGGGUGAAACGGCGGCUACAUAUGGAGAGCUGCGCUGUAAACAAUGGUGGCUGCGACCGCACCUGUAAGGACACAGCUACAGGGGUCCGCUGCAGCUGCCCUGUGGGAUUCACUCUGCAACCUGAUGGCAAAACCUGCAAAGAUAUCGAUGAAUGCGAGGAGAACAACGGAGGCUGUGAUCACUUUUGCCGAAACACGGUGGGCUCCUUCGAGUGCAGCUGCCAGAAAGGAUACAAACUUCUGACUGAUGAACGAACGUGCAAAGACAUCGAUGAGUGCUCCUUUGAGAGGACCUGCGACCACACCUGCAUCAACUAUCCCGGCAGCUUUGAGUGCCUGUGCAACAAGGGAUACAUCCUCUACGGCCUCACACACUGUGGAGACGUCGAUGAGUGCAGCAUCAACAACGGCAGCUGUGAGUACGGCUGCUUGAACACGCAGGGCAGCUACGAGUGUGUGUGUCCGCCGGGACAGAAGCUCCACUGGAACAAGAAAGACUGCAUCGAGGCUGUGAAGUGUCUACCCAAUGGAAAGCCUGCUCCGCGAGCCCAGCUGGUCUGCACUAAGAGCGGAGACGCAGAGGUCUGCUCGCUCUCCUGUCCCUCCAACGCUCUCUUCCUCGCAGACUCAGAGAACUACACAUUAAGCUGUGGAGUUCCCAUCCAGCCUGAUCCGCUGGCCCCGCCCAUCAAGCAGAAGGCCAAGUUUAAGAUUAAAGAUGCCAAGUGUCACCUGAGCCCGCGCAGCAAGGAGAAACACAAGGACUCCUCCAGGCAGAACAUCCAAGGAGGGCAGUUUCCCUGCACCGAUGACUGCCAGGUAACAUUCGUCAACCUCAAGUGUGAUUCAUCAAAGAAGCGGCGCAGAGGGCGCAAGUCUCCGUCCAAAGAGGUUUCCCUCAUCACAGCGGAGUUUGAGAUGGAGAUGAAGGAGGAGGAAGCCUCAGACUCGUGUAACAUCGAUUGCGUGCGGGACAAGAUGAGGCAGAAGCUCCAGAUCGCCAUGCGGACACUGAGGAAGUCCAUUAACAAGCAGCAAUUCUACAUCCAGUUCUCUGGAACUGAGUACGAAGUGGCCCAGAAACCAUCCAGGAUCCCAGAAGGAGCCGAUACCUGCAGCACUGGUCAGGUCUUCCAGGACGGGAAGUGUGUGAGUUGUGGUGCAGGGACAUUUUACAGCGGUGAGCAGGAGCAGUGUGUUCAGUGUCCUCCUGGAACGUACCAGGACAUGGAGGGACAGCUGUCCUGUGAGCCGUGCCCCAGCACUGAAGGACAGGGCAUCGCCGGUGCCAAGAACGUGUCUCAGUGUGGAGGUCAGUGUCCCGCAGGACAGUUUUCCACUGACGGCUUCCGGCCCUGCCAGCUCUGUCCUCUGGGCUCCUACCAGCCAGAACCAGGCCGAGUUCUGUGCUUUCCUUGUGGAGGAGGCCUCAUGACCAAAUAUGAAGCUUCUGUCACCUUCAGGGACUGUGAGGCCAAAGUACACUGCGCUCCUGGACACUAUUACAACUCCAGUACCCACCGUUGCAUCCGCUGCCCAGCGGGGACAUACCAGUCUGAGUUUGGCCAGAACUACUGCAUCAACUGUCCUGGGAACACCACCACCGACUUUGACGGUGCCACCAAUGUGUCUCACUGCAAAAACCAGAUGUGCGGAGGGGAACUGGGAGAUUAUACCGGCUACAUUGAGUCUCCCAACUACCCUGGAGAUUACCCAUCAAAUGUGGACUGUGUCUGGACCAUAAUCCCACCGCACAAAAGACGAAUCCUCAUUGUGGUGCCAGAGAUCUUCCUUCCCAUUGAAGAUGAGUGUGGAGAUGUGCUGGUCAUGAGAAAGAGUGCGGUGCCCACUUCCAUCACAACCUACGAGACGUGUCAGACGUAUGAGCGACCCAUAGCCUUUACCUCUCGCUCUCGCAGACUUUGGAUCCAGUUUAAGUCAAACGAGGGGAACAGUGGCAAAGGCUUCCAAGUUCCAUAUGUCACCUAUGACGAGGACUACCAGCAGCUGAUAGAAGACAUAGUGCGAGAUGGUAGACUUUAUGCAUCUGAGAACCACCAGGAGAUACUCAAGGACAAGAAGUUAAUAAAAGCCCUGUUUGACGUACUCGCCCACCCCCAGAAUUACUUUAAGUACACAAGUGCAGAGUCCAAAGAGAUGUUCCCUCGCUCCUUCAUCAAGCUGCUGCGGUCCAAAGUGACCAGGUUCCUGCGACCAUACAGCUAGACUGAAAAUCUUCUUGCACUUUCUUGUUAGAUCCUUGUGAUCCUGCGUCAUUCCAGACCCUCCGUCCUACAUGUAACACUGAAUCCCUGAUCAUCUUCUGCCCGCAUUCAGGAUUUCACCCAAUUUGUGGUGAAAAAUCCAGAUUUUCUGUACCUGUCCUCAAUCUCUGUUGUCACAUGAUGCCUUUCAACGUCUUGAAUACAGAACUGUAAACCCCACCCUUUAUAGUAACUGUACACUUAAACAUCCAAAGUUUGACACGUAUAGGUUUUUGGAGGCCAGUAAUUAUUGUGUUGUAGAAAUUUGUAUUAGUAUUUAAUUUUGUAAUAUAUUUGUUCCUUAUAUUUCAGCAAAGAGAGUUAUAACCCUAAAUACACCAAUGUAAAAACAUCUAUAGUUUUAAUUAAUGUCCUACAAAUGGAAAGCACAGUGUUGAUGAAGCUAAAGAUAGUUUACUCAAUAGCUGAUCUUAGUAAGAUCAUCUUACUACGUCUAAAAUGAUCUUUAUUCCACAAAUGCUGAUAAACAUAAAUUGUUGAUUAAUUUAUAUGCUUAUUUUGAUCUGAUAGUUUGAUCAAGCUAGCUUGCUGGCUAGUUAGUUUAGCUAGCUCGCUAGCUUGCUAGCUAAAAAUUAUUGUCCAAUAGAAAUAACCCGUACAGCAAUUUACUCAAUAUACUAGCCUACAUAAACUGGAGAGAAACGGAAAUUGGUGGCCAAGAAUUUGUAAAGUAGGUAUUGAUUUACACUAGUAUAACUAUUACAUUAUACUGCAGCAUUUCAAUCUGCCAUGUCUCAUCCACAUUGGUGAGAAAAGAGUUGAUUUAAAAAAAACCCAACAUUUUACUAAAGGCAGUUCUUUACAAAAGUAUUCAGACUCCUUGCCCUUCAUUUUAGUAUGUCAACAUUUUGUGUAAAAAAACUAACACAGAGAAACACAUAAUUCUGAAGUGCAAGCAAAAGAAUCCAUGGUUUUCAAGCAUUGAGAAAAAUGUGUAAAAUAUAACCUGUAGCAUAGUUUGGAUCAUGAAUAUGUUUUUAUGACCACCUUUAGGUUUCCGCAAAUAAUGAUAGUCUCAUCCAUUGCAGUCAUGCUAGCUGUUUCUUCCUUGUCCAGUGUUUAUGCUAUGGAAGGUCUUCUUUGGCUUUGGCUCAUGGCUAAAGAUGUCGCAUUGAAAGGUUGUGCAGUUGUGAAGUCACUGAGAAGGGAUAGCUUGGAUUUUUGAAAUUACAUUCUGUGAGAAAAGUAACAGCUUUCCUGAAGUAUACAGAUGUCAGAUUGCAAUGAGUUGGUGGAAAACGAAAGAAAAACCAUUUGCAAAUGCUAAAUGCUUGUAAGCAAGAGUAUAUGUGACCCUUUAAUUCUGCAAAAUCACAUCUGUUUGAUCAGCAUCAGGGAGAUGCUGAUCAUCUCUGAAGCAGUUUACACACAUUUAGUUGAGCCUUUAUGAAUGCAUUUAAAGGAAAAACUUCUCAUAUUUAUGUAUAUUUCUCUAAUUUGCAACCAGAGCAAACUGUUUGGUACCUUUGAAUACUGAAAUAUCGGCUCUUUUUAUUUUUAUGAAGGUGGAAACUCGCAGGUCGUAUUUACGCACAAACCUUUCUUUCUUAUUCUCACAUUUAUAGUUACAAUACAUUUGUAGUAUAUUUGCAUGGAUUACAUAUAAAAUAUUACCAUAAUCAAAUGAAUCAAUUAAAGAAAUGCAUAAUUCAUUUCUUUUUUUACAAUGACGUCUUGAUGUGAAAAACACCACUGUGACUUGUUCCUCCAGUCAAAUGUUGCUAAAGUUUUGUCUUGUCAGGUCACAACCUAGAGUUCUCCUUUUAUUGAAAUGAUAAAACAGUCAACUUUUCCCUUUGAUCCACUCUGCAUCCAUUGCACUUGAGGCUUGAGAGAUGACAACUGCCUGCUGAUGAGAUAAAAAAGGGAUAAUUUCUUCAAUCAGCUGCAUGUAUUUAGUGCAAACUGCUUUGUGAAUCCAGUUAGUCUGUACAAAUCGUGUCAAGUAAAGGAGAUUGCGUUACUUUGUGAAUUCUCUCUUGGAGAAGGUUUACAGCUCUGGAACACCUGUGAGACAACAACCCAAAUUGAAACUAUUCAUUUAAACAUUACAGAAGCCAAUACUAAAAGUCUAAGUACUCUGAAGUUUAAGUAAGCUGUUUCAGACUGAUGCUAUAUUAGUUUGCUUCAUUAGCUGCUAUUUAUCUGUCUGUUCUACAUCCACUUGCUCCUGGUCUAACUAACUGAGCUAAAAGGUAAUCAUGGAUAAGUGGCUAUUGCUUACUAAGUAGUUGUGCAUAGCAUCAAAUUGUGUCUGUGUUAAAACAACAAUAAAAAAAAGAUUAUUAUUUGGAUAUUACAAAGUGAAUUUGAAGAUCCCUUUAAAUCUUACGUUUAAUUCUAAUAAUAUAAAAUCCUUUAUAUUUAUCUGCAUUUCUCAAUGGAUUUUCUCAAAAACAAAUUUAAGUAUUUUAGAUCUCACCUUCGUGCUGAAACAGUACAGUCUUGUGCUCUUCCAGGUGUUGUAGUUUUGGGGUAAUUAUUACUUUUGCUAACAUAUGAUCAGCUGAUUUGGUGGAUUGAUACAGUCUGAUCCUAUGUCACUUUAGUUACAUAGACCUGUUAGACCUAACAAAGAAAGCGUGAAAGGUUAUUAUCCACUAAUAUGGCGUUGUACUCAAUGAGAUAUGAAUAUUUUUAAACAGCUUAAACAUGGGCUCCAUCUGGCUAGCUAUUAGUCUUCCUUAGUUGCUUUUUUUUUCAAACUCACUGCAACAUGACAUAUUCUUAUUACUGUAACUAUCAUGGGUAAGAGUAAUAAUAUUUGCAAUACCUUCAAAAACAUCCAAGCUAUCCCUUUAAGCAUUGUCACGGUCUCUUUGAAAUAUGUAAUUAAGCUUUCAUUAUACAGUCUGUUUUAUUAUACAGUGGUUCUAAUAGAAUAAUAUUAAUACUGAAUUAUUAGUAAUAACAACAGGCUUGUAUUAGCUAACCAAUAUCAGCUUCUGCUGUGUCCAUUAAUCUUUACUUUCUUAUGUUUUUGCCCUCUACCUCCAAACUCCUCCACGGUCGUUUAGUAUUAGCAAUGCUUUGCUCUGUCUUCUGUUAUGUUGUCAUGUUGUUACCGAACGUUGGGAUAUGUCUGAACAAUGCACGGACACAUCCAGUCAUAGAGUCAUGAUGUGUCAUUAUGAACUGACCCACAAAGAGAGUGCACAGGUGUAUUCCUACAGCAUUCAUGACUUUGGGCUGAUGAGCAGAUGCGCUUAAAGUACUUAAAUGUGACAAAUGAAUUAAUUGCAUCCCAACAAUUCCAUCUUAGCCUGUGCUUCAUCCUUCUUAGCACAUGAACAGAUAACACCAAUUUGUUUUAUCUUUUUAUGAAAAAAAUAUAUACAUAACAAGAAGAGAUAAACUACCUAGAAGCGACAAAGUGUUACUUUAGGGAGAAAUGUAUGUGAUUUAACUAAUAUUUGGAACAUUAAUUGCACUUGAAUUUUCUACUUUGAAAUGUUGAGGAUAAAAAAACAGUAUUUUUUUUGUGUUAGCAUAUUUGUGUUGUUUUCAAGUGUACCACAUAUGGUGGUGAUAAGUACGAUAGCUGUGUUUCCUCUUAUGCUAGCUCCCUUGUCUUUAGCACCUGAAAGCUUGUUAGCUAACACAGCUUCCACUCAGCCAGAGACUAUACAUUUGUAGGAAAAACUAAACAAUUGUUAAAACACCAUUAGUUGCAGUCGUGAUUAGAUGUUGUCUUCGGUAUUGUUUAAUCAAUCCGUCGUACCAUUGUAGGGGAAUUGUGUCAUUACAAACAUGGUCAAUUUUCGUAAACGAUUGAGAAAAAAAA